AUGGUUGUCCUCAGCAAGCUCCUCAGCAGCAUUCUCUUUACCUCCCUCGUCUCGGCGGCCAGCAUCAACCAGGCCUUUACAGCCCAUGGCAAAAAGUACUUUGGCACCUGCAGCGACCAAGGUCUGCUCCAGAACUCGCAGAACGAGGCCAUUGUGCGCGCCGACUUUGGCCAGUUGACGCCGGAGAACAGCAUGAAGUGGGAUGCUACUGAGCCAUCGCGGGGAAACUUCAACUUUGCCGGUGCUGAUUAUCUAGUCAACUAUGCCAAACAGAAUGGCAAAAAGGUCCGCGGACACACCUUAGUCUGGCACUCCCAACUCCCCUCCUGGGUGUCGUCCAUCACCGACAAAAACACCCUGACCUCGGUGCUGAAAAACCACAUCACCACCGUGAUGACCCGGUACAAGGGCCAGAUCUACGCCUGGGACGUCGUCAACGAAAUCUUCAACGAGGACGGCUCCCUCCGCGACAGCGUCUUCUACCGGGUCCUCGGCGAGGACUUUGUGCGGAUUGCCUUUGAGACGGCGCGCUCCGUGGAUCCCUCUGCGAAGCUGUACAUCAACGACUACAAUCUCGACACGGCCAGCUACGCCAAAACGCAGGGGAUGGCGAGUCACGUCAAGAAGUGGUUGGCUGCGGGCAUUCCUAUUGACGGAAUCGCAUUGUCUGCCCUCGCCUCCUCCGGCGUCUCUGAGGUCGCUAUUACCGAGCUGGAUAUCGCGGGUGCGAGCUCCCAGGAUUACGUUAAUGUUGUCAAUGCAUGCUUGGGUGUCCAGCAGUGUGUGGGAAUCACCGUCUGGGGGGUGUCGGACAAGGACUCGUGGCGCUCCAGCUCGUCUCCGCUGUUGUUCAACAGCUACUACCAGCCCAAGGCGGCGUAUAAUGCCAUCAUUGCUGCUCUGUAA